UUCAAGCAAAUAUUUUUUUUUACACCAAACACGAACAGCUGAAAUCACAGUCUCCUUUUGCUUUCCUGUCGAUCUGGGGAAUUUUUUUUUGCAAACAAGAUCUCCUUUUCCUUUUAAUUAAUUAAACCCCCCAAAUCCAAACUCGAAUAAAAUCCCAAACAUUUUUCCAGCUCGAUCUAACCACCAAAAUUCCAGUCACCUUCGAUCCCACAAAAUCAAAUUCUCUGAUUUUUAAUUUUCCUCAUCGAAUUCAAUUCAUAUUCAUGUGAUCUUCUAAAUCCGAGGAGGAAGUAGAAAUGGCGGUGCCAAACAUGGAUCAAUUCGAAGCGUACUUUAAGAGAGCUGAUUUAGAUGGGGAUGGAAGAAUCAGUGGAGCUGAAGCUGUCUCUUUCUUUCAAGGAUCCAAUUUGCCCAAACAAGUCCUUGCUCAGAUAUGGAUGCAUGCUGAUCAGAGUCGAACUGGCUUCCUUGGCCGGCCGGAGUUUUUUAAUGCUUUAAGACUUGUAACUGUUGCUCAGAGUAAGCGAGAUUUGACACCGGACAUUGUCAAGGCAGCAUUAUAUGGACCGGCUGCAGCAAAAAUCCCCCCACCGCAAAUUAAUCUUCAAGCCACAGCUGCUGCGCCUCAAAUGGCGGCGGCUUCACCUGUGCCGCAGAUGGGUUCUGCUGCCCCAACAACAUCUCAAGGUUUUGGUUUUAGAGGACCAGGAGUUCCAACGGCUGCGCCUCAAAUGGUUGCUUCAUCUGCCACGCAGAUGGGUGCUGUUGCUCCGACAGCAUCUCAAGGUUUUGGCUUUAGAGGACCAGGAGUUCCAAAUGCUACUAUGAACCAACAGUACUUUCCUCGGCAUGGUCAAACUAUGAGACCACUUCAGGGUGUCCCUCCAGGAACUGCUUCCCGUCCACCUCAGGGUAUGCCUGCCAUUAGUCUGGGGGGUCCAUCGUCAGUAAUGCUUACUGGAACUGCUUCCCGACCUCCUCAGGGUAUGCCUUCCAGUAGUCUGGGGGGUCCAUCAUUCAUAAUGCCUACUGGAACCACCCCCCGUCCACCUCAAUUCAUGUCUGGUGGUUCUGCUGGUCCAACUCCCAGUGUCUCAAACCCGAACAUAUCAAGUGAUUGGCUUGGUGGAAGGACUGGUGGAGCUCCAACUAGCCCUGGAGGGGUCCAGCCAUCUAUUCCCACCACUACUUCCCAGCCGCGACCUCUAAGCUCAGUUUCCUCUCAGCCCAUUGCUAAUGAUUCUAAAGUUGUUUCUGGAAAUGGGUUCGCCUCUGAUUCGUUUUUCGGUGGUGAUGUGUUUUCUGCAACCCCUACUGCAACAAAACAAGAACCCCCUCUGCCUACUUCUUCAGCUACCAGUGGCACACAAGCUCCCAUUAAGUCCGGCUCACUUGAUUCACUGUUGAAAGCUGUUAACAACCCAACCUCAUCUUCCAUUGUCUCGGGUUCUAGUGAUGCCCAAGCCCGAGGUCCAGUUAAGUCCAGCUCACUUGAUUCACUUCAGAGUGCUUUUGCUGUGCAACCUCUGGGUGGUCAGCCUGAACGAACCCAAUCAUUAGCGAGCCCAGGCCCACAAGUUUCAGCUUCAAAUUCUGCCUCACUUGUGUCACCUGGCAUUUCAGUUGGAGUUGGAAAAUCUUCUGAUAGCACACAGCUUUCAUGGCCAAAGAUGAAACCAACAGACAUUCAGAAGUAUAAUAAAGUUUUUAUGGAAGUAGAUACUGACAGAGAUGGAAGAAUCACUGGUGAGCAGGCACGGAAUCUUUUUUUGAGCUGGAGGCUACCAAGAGAGAUUUUAAAGCAGGUCUGGGAUUUAUCUGAUCAGGAUAGUGACAGCAUGCUUUCUUUGAGGGAAUUCUGCUUUGCCCUUUAUUUGAUGGAGCGGUACAGGGAAGGCCAUCCUCUUCCAGCAGCUCUUCCAAGUAAUAUUAUGUACGACGAGACCUUGUUGUCCAUGACGGGUCAACCCAAAGUUGCUUAUGGAAGUGCUGCUUGGGGUCCUGGUUUUGGACAGCAGCCUACACGAUCCAUGGCCCCUGUCCCUGGCAUGAGGCCACCUGUUCCAGUAACUGCCUCCCAGCCUGAUGGUGUCAUGGUAAACAAUCAACACAAGUCAGGAGCUCCAGUGUUGGAGGAUUCCUUUUUGAACCAACAUGAUGGCGGAGAGCAGAGUUCAGCAAACUCAAUGAUUCAAGAUGGAACAGCCUCAGAGAAAAAGAGUGAUGAAACAGAGAAGCUGAUUUUGGACUCCAAAGAGAAGAUUGAGUUUUACCGUUCUAAAAUGCAGGAUCUUGUUCUGUAUAAAAGCAGAUGUGAUAAUAGGCUAAAUGAAAUCACAGAAAGGGCUUUGGCAGAUAAACGUGAGGCAGAGUUGCUGGGUAAGAAAUAUGAAGAGAAGUACAAGCAAGUUGCAGAAGUGGCAUCUAAAUUAACAAUUGAAGAGGCAACUUUUCGUGACAUUCAGGAGAGAAAGCUGGAGUUGCGUCAAGCAAUAACUAACAUGGAACAAGGUGGCAGUGCGGAUGGUAUUCUUCAGGUUCGUGCUGAUCGUAUACAAUCAGACCUUGAUGAGCUAUUGAAGGUUUUAACUGAACGCUGCAAGAAACAUGGACUGGAUGUUAAGUCAACUGCCGUGAUUGAGCUUCCUUUUGGCUGGCAACCAGGAAUUCAAGAGGGUGCUGCUACUUGGGAUGAAGAUUGGGAUAAGUUUGAAGAUGAAGGGUUUUCCAAUGAGCUCACUGUUGAUGUGAAAAGUGCUCCUGGUCAAAAGGAGAGAGCACCUGCGGAUGGUAGUUUAACCCCUGAUUCAUUGUCAAAUGGAGAUGGGAGGUCUGGAAUUUUUACUGGAGAACAUGUGCUUGAGAGUGAAUCUGCAUAUUUCCACAGUGGAGAUGAAAUUGCAAGAAGCCCUCAAGGCAGUCCAGCUGGAAGGGCUGCUUCAGAAAGUCCAUCUCAAGACUUUGCUGAUGUUUUUGCCAAGAAUACUGAAGCAGAUAUAGAUACCCAUAGAAGUUUUGAUGAAUCAACUUGGGGUGCCUUUGACACAAAUGAUGAUGUGGACUCAGUCUGGGGAUUUAACCCUGCAGGCAACAAGCAGGACUCUUCUGAGAACGAGAGAGAUUUCUUUGGAUCUGAUGAUUUUGGUCUAAAGCCAAUCAGAACGGAAUCCACACCAACAACGAAUACUUUCCAGAAAAAGAGUAUAUUUUUUGAAGAAUCUGUUGCAGGUUCCCCAAUGUCAAGAUUUGGCAACUCUCCAAGGUUCAGCGAAGCAGGGGACCAUUUUGACAAUUACUCGAGAUUUGAUUCCUUCAGCAUGAAUGAAGGAGGCUUUUCACCACGAGAAAAGCUUACAAGGUUCGACUCCAUAAACAGUUCCAAAGAUUUUGGCCACAGUCGUGCAUUCUCUUCAUUUGAUGAUGGAGAUCCAUUUGGCUCCAGUGCCCCCUUUAAGGUUUCAUCUGAAGAUCAAACUCCCAAAAAGAGUUCUGGCAAUUGGAGUUCUUUCUAGCAGCAAUCUGGUUUUCCCCUCCCUCCCUCUCUCUCCAUUUUUUUUUACAGUUGCCAAUUUUUGUAUGUGCUGUAUAGAUUGUGUUGAAAUGCUGCAUUGUUGUAAAGUUAUUCAUCAUGGCCUUGCUUCAUUUUUAUUUUGCUGAGGUAAAAAAACUUAUGUUUGGGGGGCAUCCAGAUCAAAGAUAAAAUGCUUGUUCUUUUGAGUGGCAAAUUCUUGAGACCAAUAAAAACCGAGUAGUUUGAGAAAACAA